AUGUCUGAACUUACGUCUUAUGAACAACAGCGUUUGAUAAAUAUUCAAUCGAAUGAACAAUUACUGAUCCAAUUGGGCGUCAAAUCAGCGCGUACUGCAGCUCUCGAAAGCUGCAUUAUAAGUAACUCUGAAAAAAUCACGAAAAAGCGCAAAGUACAUAGUAAACCAAAACAGAACAGUGCUGUUGUACUAGCCACUAGGAAAUCAUCAAGACUAAAAGGAGAAGAACCGCGCCCUUUAGAAGAGGAUGCUGAUUUAACAGAAGAUAAGAGUGAGUCACUUGAAGAUUAUGAUGGUAGCCGUUUAGUCACAGCAGAUGAAUACUUUAAUGAUGAAAUCAAAUCGAAUGCCAUUAGGGUAGACGGUCAUUUCUAUGGGUGGGUAAAUCCAGUGAUUAUGAACAAGCAUGGCAUUGAACCAUCUGCUAAAGAAGCUUGGGAGAAGAAUGGUGGGGGUGCUUUUUCUUUUCUUGAUCCCACAGGUACGGGCAAGAAGAGAAAAAAGGGGAUUUUAUCAAAUGCAAAAGCAGAUGCAUUAAAGAUGUUUAAGAAGAACCCGAAUCAAUAUUUCUAUAGACAUAAUGAACCAGGCGAAGAACAAUGGCUUCAUGAUUGGUCAGAUGAGGAAAAGAGCUUGUUUCUAAAGAUUGCUAAUGAACAUGGUUGUGGAGACAAGUGGGGCUUAUUCGCUACUUAUAUACCACAUCGUGUAGGUUAUCAGUGCAGCAACUUUUAUCGUCAAGUCAUAUUGAAGAAUGGACUGAUAUUUGAUCCAAACUAUAGGUACACCUCUUCUGGUACACCCAUUUAUGUUGGUCUACGUCGUUAG